UAUAUAUUGAAUUCAUUCUUCUCAGCAGCUAUAACAAAAAGGCGUAUACUGAAAUAGCCUGAGAGUGACGAAUCAAAUUUAUUUCGAAUAGUUAUUUUUAGCAGUUUUCAUAUAUUUUUCCAAAAAGAAAAACCGAAAUACAAAAUAAAUUAGUUUUGUUAGUGACUGAAGAAAGUUUAAAACCUCGACAACAACAAAUAUGAGCUGGCAAGAUUACGUUGACAACCAACUUUUGGCUUCCAAAUGCGUGUCGAAAGCAGCAAUUGCUGGACAUGACGGUGGUAUCUGGGCAAAAUCGGAAAACUUUGAAGUAACCAAAGAAGAAAUUGCCAAAUUACUUCAAGGCUUUGACAAACCAGACAUACUUGCAAAUGGCGGUGUUACAUUAGCCGGUCAGCGAUACAUUUACUUGUCAGGAACGGAUCGUGUCAUUCGAGCAAAGCUCGGCCGAAAUGGUGUUCAUUGCAUGAAAACUGCUCAAGCGGUCAUAGUUUCCAUCUAUGAAGAUCCAGUUCAGCCACAACAGGCCGCCUCAAUCGUCGAAAAAUUGGGUGAUUAUCUAAUUACGUGUGGAUACUAAGCAAGCCAACUGCAGCGCGGUAGCACCAGCAUCACCACCAGCAGCAGAAGCAACAACAAUAAACAUACAUACACACCAUUAAUGCGAAAAAAAGCAACAACAACAACUGAAUACAGAGAAAUAAAUAAAAUUGAAAGAAUAAAAAAGAAAAAAAAACAACAUCAUGGUAAGAAUUAAACUCAAAAUAAGCCAGAUUGAAACAAAAAAAAAAAUAAUAAAAAAAUAAAAACUAAUAAUUAAUUAAAAAAAAGUAAUGAUAUCGAAAACACAUAAGAU